ACUAGCAAGCACACGAUAGGCUCUUCACCUGAGUCCACUGCCCUAUCAUUAACACAACUGGAGGCCUGCCUGUGUUAUUUCCGGAGCAUCGUACGAGACGGGCCAGAAGAUUACGAGCGUCUUUCGCUGAAAAAUCCGUUUAUUAUGAAGUUGGGCUGUGACAAUUUUAAAGGGUAAGGGAUUGACAACGUAAAGGUUUUAGGAGUAGUUUAUAAACGAGACUGUAUACGGUUCCCCUGGGUUAACACAAUUGCCAGGCAUGUUCGACAGAUAAACUGUCUCUCAUCUCGCCGGAAGAAAGCCGACAGCAGCCGAACGCUCACGAGUUUACGGAUUUGUCAGACAGAAGUCCCGAGACGCAACAUGUUUGAAACGGGCAGAAUCCCACUCGUCCUUCUCGACGUUACCUGCCUUAUUCUCGUUGGGCUUCCUUUUGCGAUCCUCACCCCUCAGCACAAUCCCUUCAAAAGGGGUUUCUUCUGUAAUGAUGAGUCCAUCAGAUACCCCCUGAAAGAGGACACCAUAUCCUAUCAGUUACUGGGGGGAGUCAUGAUCCCUUUCACACUGAUUGUGGUAGUCAGUGGUGAGUGCCUUGGCGUCUAUAUGACUCUUGUCAAAACCAAAUCGUCCUUGGGGACUAACUACGUGGCGCGCAUUUAUAAAGCAGUGGCCAGCUUCCUAUUCGGGGCUGCUGCUAGCCAAUCACUGACGGAUAUUGCCAAGUACUCGAUUGGUCGACUGCGGCCGCACUUCCUGGCUGUGUGUAAGCCUGUGUGGGACCAUAUCAACUGCAGGGCCGGAGGCUACAUGGAGAACUUCACCUGUACCGGGGACAAGGAUAUGGUAGAUGAGGCCAGACUUUCCUUCUUUUCUGGUCACUCAUCUUUUUCUAUGUACUGUAUGCUGUUCCUUGCACUGUAUGUCCAGGCCAGACUGCAGACAGAGUGGGCCAGGCUCCUCAGACCCACCAUACAGUUCUUCCUGAUUGCAAUGUCCAUCUACGUGGGACUGUCGCGCAUCUCUGACUACAAACACCACUGGAGUGACGUACUUACUGGCCUCCUGCAGGGGGCGAUAGCCGCAAUACUCACGGUGUUCUAUGCGUCCGACUUCUUCAAGAGGCCUGUUGAUCCAGUAGAGAUACAAGAGGAGACGUCCGAAACCAGUCUCCAGGACAACCCAGAUAAUGAGAACCACUAUGGAAGCACAAACUGAAGCUUUGGCCACAACAUGACUUACUGUAGCAGACAACGCAUGGAGGACUAGUAGCAUGCUAAGCUAGCUACUACUACCUGCCAUCCGCUACGGAGGACUAGGAGCAUGCUAAGCUAGCUACCACUACACACCAUCCGCUAUGGAGGACUAGUAGCAUGCUAAGCUAGCUACUACUACCUGCCAUCCGCUACGGAGGACUAUGGUUAUUUAUUUCAAUGCAUUGCAGUUCAUUGGCAUUGGCUGUUGUGGUGGUCACUUUGCCAGAGCCCUGAAGACAGCUGCUAGCCCUCUCAGUGCCAAUGAUCUUGCCUAGGCUGUCUCCUUUGGUUGGGUGUGUAGAGCUAAUGAUCUGUGGAUUGGGUUUCUGGUCUUUACAUUAGGCUGCGAGGUCUGAGUUUGUUGGAGCUGUUGUGUUUGCAUUGGUUUGAAGCUUUUGUUUGAAAUGAAUGGAAUCCCAGUUGUCACAGUGAGCAGAGUGUCCAUGUGUGCAGCAGUGGAGCCUGCUGAGGGGAGAAAGGCUCAUUAUAAUGGCUGGAAUGGUUUUCAUGUGUUUGAUACCAUUCCUUCUAUUACACUCCAUUCCAGCCAUUAUAAUGAGCCAUCCUCCCCUCAGCAGGCUCCACUGGUGUGCAGCCAGGCCAAUAACAAAUCGUACAUCUGUGAACCCUUACUGUCCCAAAGCUUAAAUGAAAGCCAGGAGACUUAUUGAAAUCUGAAAUGAUGUACUAUGUACUGUAUAUACUUUUUAAUACUGCCUUAGCCAGAUUGUUGCUGCUACUUGCUCAAAGCUCCCUGCAAACUCCUAACAAAUGUGUCCAAUAGUAAAAAUCAUGAUGGCAACUACACAAAUUCACUUUUCUUUCUUUUUUUUUUACAGUUUGUUGUAUCUUUUUUGAAGUACUGUUGUAAAACCUGUAUCUGUGAUCUGAGAUAAAGAAAGAUGGCAUUC